ACUCCCACCCGCGACGGUCUCUGCGCGAUUGCCCUCAGCAUCCUUCCCCGUUUCAGCGCAGGCGUUUCAUGUCCAUCAACCCCACCGACGCCCAAAGGUCCGCAAUUUCCCAUCCGGCUCGAUCGUCUCCCAACCCUCGUCUUCACCAUGGCUCUCCACCGGACCCUCGCCGCCCUCUCGACGCUUGCGUCGAGAGCCUCCCCUCCGGUGGCCUCGGCCCCGCUGGAUCUGCGCCGGCCUCCACCUCGGGGUCCCAUGUCCUUGCUCCAGCAAAUGCUUCAGAAUCAGCAGCUCCUGCAGGUGGAAAUUCUUACAAUUCAACAAGGAAGGUGAUUGGGUCCAGAGUCAGUGGUACUAAGAAAGUCUCAUGUUGUAAAAAAAGUGGCACUGCUUAUGAAUGCCAGUUAGGCAGAGAAGAGGCAGCUUCUCAAUUUAGGUCCAAUCAGUUUGGACCUUCUCAAGGCAAUGAGAGACCACCAGCAAAUGCAAAAUUUGUGCAUUCUGGAAAUUUAGCUACAAGACCUAGUGGUCUACAUGGGAAUGCUGGUCAGUCGGCUACAAGAAGAAACAAUGUUAUCAAUGCUAAUCAUCUGCUUAAUUUCUAUUAUGAUCCAAUUUCCCGUUCUGAACCCAGAAUUCCUCCAAGAAGGCAGCAGAAGAUAAAACCUUACAAUAAAGAUUUGUUCCUACAGGCAAAUUACAAAUUUGUGGUUUUAGAUAGAGGAGGCUGUGAAAUCAAAUCUAUGGAUCCAGAUAAAAUGCUACAUUGGGAAGAAGUGAUCUGUGUUAGAUACUCAACCCCUUUGCUAGUGCAAUGCCCAAUUUGUUUGGACACUCCACUUUGUCCACAAAUAACAUCAUGUGGACAUAUAUACUGUUUUCCUUGUAUACUACGAUACAUGCUCAUGGGAGAGGAAAAUCACAAAGGUGAAUGCUGGAAAAAAUGUCCCCUUUGUUUUACAGUGAUAUCUACUAAAGAUUUGUAUACAGUCCUUAUUGAGAAUGUUAAGCAGUUCGGUGUUGGUGAUCAUGCACAUUUUACACUUUUAACCAGACCCAAAGUCUCAGUAUUUCCUGUGCUGAAAAAGAAACAAGUUGAAAGUUCUACACCAUGCACUACAGAUGGCCUUUGUGACUUGUUUUCUAAGUUUGUUCUGACUUCUGAUGUGGAAUUAUCUGUGAGGGAAGCUAAAUCUGAUCUCUAUGAUUGGCUACAUAAAGCAGAUUCUGGUCUUGUUGAUGAUCUGGAGAAGCUUCCAUAUGUUUGUGCUGCAUUGGAACAGCUGGAGGAGAGGAUGAAGGCCUGGAUGGAGCAACAAACUGACAGCACCAUUCCUCUACGGGACCAUGUCACUCCUUCCGUGAAUUCCAAGACUUCUCUUAGUUCUAAAAAUAGGAAUUCUCAUGCACUAAAUUUGACUUCAAAUCUUGGAAAUGCCGAAUCAUAUGCAUAUGAAUCUGGAAUUGGAAUGGUGUGUUAUAUACCAGAUCAUGAGAAAACUGGCUCUUCCACUGGAAAUGCCGAAUCAUAUGCAUUUGCUGAUAGCACUCUAUUACCACUUGCUGCUAAUUCUGAACAGCUAGAGAACUCCAACGAAGUCCCAUUGUCACACAAUGAAGAUGAGAGCUUCCAGCAAGAAGAAAUGACUUCACAGCGAAAUUCACAUAGUUGCAGUGGUGGAACCGAAAGGGAUUCAUACACUUUUUACCAGGCAACUGAUGGUCAACAUCUUAUUCUUCAUCCAUUGAACAUGAAGUGUCUCCUUCAUCACUAUGGGAGCUAUGAUUUGCUUCCACCAAGUAUUAGUGGUGAAAUUCUGGAGCUGGAAACUGUAACUCAGUCAGAAGCUAUGAGAAGGCGUUACCGCUACCUAAGUCAUUUCUCUUUAACAACAACAUUUCAGCUUUGUGAAAUUGAUUUGAGAGAUCUAUUGCCUUCCAGCUCUUUAGCUCCAUUCUUGGAUGAAAUGAAAAAGCGUGAAAAGCAGAGGCACCGCCUUGCAAGGAAGGAAAAUGAUGAGAGAGCAAGGGCUGAAGCAGCAUCUGCACAGCUCAAUCUGAUAUCAUCUGCUCAGAGGCAAUUAACUCACAAAGAUGUUGUGUUUUCAUCAGAUGACUUUGAAGCAUUAGGAGCCAACAUUGCACCAUCCAGCAGUCCUCCCACUGGUGAGAGAAAACUGUUUUCUGAUGUAACACGGCUUGGUUUUGCUGCUGCACAUGAUUCACCUUCUUUAAGAGCUGAAGAAUCUGCUGAUGUAUCAGGUGAUGUGGCUGAAGCUUCUCAUGUUUAUGCCCCUAGGCCGAUGACAACAUCGUCAUUUGCUACAAUAUUAUCUUCUGCCUGUGAUGUUGAGAGCUCCGAGCAGCAGACGAGUGCACAGGGAAAGAAAGGGAAGAAACCAAAUAGAGUGCUUUUGUCUACGGCCAGCAGCCGUCGCUACUGAGUUUUCAGCAAGGCCUAUGUUCAUAUUUGAUGUUUUAUAGCAGCUGUAUCAUGUGUGUUCAUUUAGCUGCCGAGGACAGUGGUUUAAUUGGUGGAUAUUUUGGUAUGUUCAAUAAAUGAUUUU